ACUCAAUCACUCACUUACCUUAUAUUAAUAUUAUUUUAAUAUAUAUAUAUGUUCCUCCCUUUUUAACGAUGAAGUUGCAAUUUUGAUUUAUUCCAACAAAGUAGUAGAGAAAAUAAUAAUGGAAAACAUGGUUGAAACGCCUUCAAAAAAAGUUCCAACAAUUGUAGAUCCUGAAUGCAAAACACCAACUCCUCCAAUUGAACAACAACUCCAUAAACCAUCCAAUGAAUUGCGCAAUCUUGUCUCUCCUGUUCAUCUUAAACUCCCCAAACCAUUCAAAUACCCAGAAAGGUAUACAAGCCCAACUGAUAUGAUGAUGUCCCCAGUAACCAAAGGCCUUCUUGCUAGAAAUAAAAAGAAGGGUGCUAUUUUACCACCUGGAGUUGGUAAAUAUCAACCAAAGGUCCCAGUCAUGUGCUUGCAGGAUGUGAAGUGUGAACCCUUUUCAGAACAAGCUUCCAAUGCUGAUUGAUGAGAAUAUCAACUCAACUUUGAGGAAUUCAAUGGAACUUUGUUCUAUAUGAUGAUGAGUCAUGUGACAGUGGUUCAUGGGUAGUUUAAAGAUGAUGAAAUAUAUGAAAGAGAGUUAUCUUUUUGCUUCCCAUCUUAAAGAACUAUAUGUUGAAAUAAUGUAAUUAUAUAUCUCCUUUUUGCUUAUCAGGUCCUUGAAUUUUAUGAUGCUCUUCUGACUUUUGUUCCCAAAAAGUUUUGUACUCUCAGAUUCUAUUGAUCCUUGAAGAAACUUUUGUAUGGAUUCCAAUAAGAUCAUCUUAUUGUACCCUUGGUAGAA